GACGACAACGAGUUUACAUAUAGCCUCCUCACCCACCUCGAAUUGUCUACAUCCCUGACGCUUUGCUUCCCAUCAAGACCUGGAUACUUGUUGUACCUUGCGUACACACACAAUUGUUCUUGUUCUUCUACUAUUCAACCAAUCCCUUGUGUCAAAUAUGUGUGGGAGAUACGCCCGGAAAGGUGCCUGUGGCCAUCAAAUCAGCAGGGCGACUUGGGAACCAGAGGACCCCCGUGAUUGCCCUGAGGCCGUACAGGCCAAUCGUCGCGAUAGGCGAACCAACAAGCUCCUCCGAUGCUCACCACCCCAAUCGACGUAUCUAUACUCUGUACAUGAUAGGGUCUGCGAGAGGCCAGAAUGCCGCAUUCAAUUCGAAAUUGUCAACCGUGGAUGGACUUGCCAUUUCUGCCGGUGUUACAACCAGCCCGGCGUUCGGCCUUGUGAUGGUAGGAUGGUAGGAACUGAUGUGAUAUGCGGGCAUGAACCUUGCUUGGCUUGUCGCUCAGGUCAUGCGUGGGGCGCUCGUUGAUAAGGGCGACAACCCAUACCAGUAAGGUAAGGAAUCUGUCCAUCCACAUCGAUAUCCGGGUUUGGGGAUUGGGCUGGCGGUUUACUUAGCAAAUUGCACAAAGGCUGAUGGUUUAAUUUCGAAUGCAAGAGUCUUCUGGCGGUCGAGUUUGAGUCAGUGCGGGUGUUGUGGGGUGCGUUCUUUAUCAUGAGCCGGGGUUUGAAGGGGAAGGAGGGUCGCGGCAACAUACACAUAGGGCCUUCGUAAGCAAGCCAAGCAUACAAGGUUUUCAACCCGAGCGUCGUGAUGUACUAGACGCAAUUCUGACUUCUGAUCAUAACACGGGGACUGCC